ACAUUGAUUCUUCCCUGAAUUCGUUGAAACCGCGGCUUUAAAUUGGUCACGUUUGGUUUUUAAAUGAUUGUAGAGUACAGAUGAUGUAUAGCGAACAUUAGCAUUUAGCAAAAGAUAAUGCAAAUGACCCAACAAAUUAUUUAUUUAGUAAUCUUAAGUUUGAUCCAGUUUGGAUUCUAUAUCUUUCCUCAGUAUAGCAACUGAAGAGUUGGAGUCGCCUGACAGGGUAACGAGUUGUCACUGUCCGAUAUCGGGCAGCUCGCUCUGAGGACUUCAAACUGCAUGCAAAUACAGCAUUUCAAAUAAUUGGGCGUCGGCAAGGCGUGGCUGAAUCCAAAGCAGGAGGAUGAAAGCCUUCUGGCUAUUUUUCACGUGUUUUUGUCGAGACAGAAGUGAUCAGCCUGUUAAUUGAUUUAUAUAUAUGGCGUUAAAAGUAAUUCUUAAAGCUAAUUUUUUAUCUUACAGAAGUAUGAACAGCACUGCACCGGCCUCCACUGGUCUGAAGUCAGUGACAGUCAAAGGAUUUAUUCAUUCAAAUGUCAUUUGUUAAGUGAAUAUAAUGUUCCAGCCAGUCUAAAAAUGAGGCCACUGUGGUGCUGAGUUGGGUUACAGUAAGCAACAUUAAUAUCAGCUGUCGGCACACUAAAGAGUUCAGGGGUGGCCGUGGUCUGUGACCCCGUUUAGUGUUUUCCCUUCCAGGCUCCUCUCUGCCACCAAAGGGUCGGGACUCAGUGGCCUACAGAGCAAAGACUUCCUCAGAGUGGUUUGUUGCAACUAUUUAAGUGAAAGGUUGACAAAGCAAGCCUCUAUGAAGUGAACACUUUAAAACAUUAAUCUACUAUAUUACUUCAACUUAAAGCUCAUUAUUGCCUAAAAGCACAAUACGCAAGUAUUUACACUUGGCUUAACUAGGUACAAUAUAGAAACCAGCUCAAAUGAUGAGAAUGUGAUCGGAAUCAACCAAAUAAAUCGAUAUGAAUGGUAGCAUAAAACUUUGUCCUCUAACUCAUUUAAAUAACUGAUGCGGUCACAAAAUAAAAAUCUUUAGAAUGACUGAUAUAUUUGUCUUUUAAAUUAUUAUGUGUGGUAUGUAUAAACGUAGACGGCAAUUCUCACAGUCAUGGGCAGUAACACUUGCGACGAAGACCGGUGCUUUCGCUUAACCAAUAGGAAAGAAGCUCUCGUCACUCUCGACCAAUAGGAUUCAGUAGCUUGCCACUAUAAAGAGCCUCCUCCAGCGAGCCUGGUGUUGGCGUCUCACACAGCACUCCUUGAAGCGCAGUUGUGAGAGUUAAAUCCGUCCAGUCAUCCUCAUUUCCAUCCCUUUCAGACAAAGCUUCAGGAAACAUGUCUCUGUCUUAUAUUUCUAUUUGAACACUUCUUUGAAAGGGUUUUACUCAUAAAAUCGUGAGUGUAUCUCGGUGCACGUCGGUCAGGCUGGUGUCCAGAUUGGCAAUGCCUGCUGGGAGCUUUACUGCCUGGAACACGGCAUCCAGCCGGACGGACUGAUGCCCAAUGGCAAGACCACGGGAGGAAAAGAUGAUUCCUUCAACACCUUCUUCAGUGAGACCGGAGCUGGGAAGCACGUCCCAAGAGCCGUCUUUGUGGACCUGGAGCCCACAGUCAUCGAUGAGGUGCGCAGUGGGACUUACCGCCAGCUGUUCCACCCUGAGCAGCUGAUCACUGGCAAGGAGGAUGCUGCCAACAACUACGCCCGUGGGCACUACACCGUCGGCAAAGAGAUCAUUGAGCUGGUGCUGGACAGGACCCGCAAACUGGCUGAAAGGUGCGUCGGCCUUCAGGGCUUCCUGAUUUUCCACAGCUUUGGCGGUGGCACCGGCUCUGGCUUCACCUCUCUGCUGAUGGAGCGUCUGUCUGUCGACUACGGCAAGAAGUCCAAGCUGGAGUUCUCCAUCUACCCAGCUCCCCAGGUGUCCACCGCUGUGGUGGAGCCCUACAACGCCAUCCUGACCACCCACACCACCCUGGAGCACUCCGACUGUUCCUUCAUGGUCGAUAACGAGGCCAUCUACGAUAUCUGCUGUAGGAAACUCGAUGUCGAGCGUCCCUCUUACACCAACCUGAACAGGUUGAUCAGUCAGAUUGUGUCCUCCAUCACCGCUUCCCUUCGGUUCGAUGGCGCCCUCAAUGUUGACCUGACAGAGUUCCAGACCAACUUGGUGCCAUAUCCCCGUAUCCACUUCCCUCUGGCCACCUAUGCCCCCGUCAUCUCCGCUGAGAAGGCGUACCACGAGCAGCUAACGGUGUCUGAAAUCACCAACUCCUGCUUUGAGCCCGCCAAUCAGAUGGUCAAAUGUGACCCUCGCCACGGUAAAUACAUGGCCUGCUGCCUUUUGUACCGUGGUGAUGUGGUGCCCAAAGAUGUGAAUGUUGCCAUUGCCAACAUCAAAACCAAGCGCUCCAUCCAGUUUGUGGACUGGUGCCCCACUGGUUUCAAGGUGGGCAUCAACUACCAGCCGCCCACUGUAGUUCCUGGUGGAGACCUGGCCAAGGUCCAGAGGGCCGUGUGCAUGCUGAGCAACACCACUGCUAUCGCAGAGGCCUGGGCUCGGCUUGACCACAAGUUUGAUCUGAUGUACGCCAAGCGUGCCUUUGUCCACUGGUAUGUGGGGGAAGGUAUGGAGGAGGGAGAGUUCUCCGAGGCCAGAGAGGACAUGGCGGCGCUGGAGAAGGAUUACGAGGAGGUUGGCGCUGAUAGUGUGGGAGAUGAGGAUGAAGACGAUGGACAGUUUUAAACUGAUCUGUACUUCAAAAAUAAAUUGUCUUGAGUAACUGCA